GUACCACGUGGGGUUAUGUUAUCUCAAGGCGGACACAUAUUUGUGGCCACGUCUCUCUCCCCACGCGCAUUGUCGUUUUGAUCGUCUACAAAACAUUCAAACACCGCCCCCGGCCUCCGGCGACGAUUCUGGCGAUCCAUCCGACUCUCCGAUCUUCCCAGGGAUAGAUUUAGGGCAAGAUGACUGAGGUAUUCGAAGGAUACGAGCGCCAAUACAGCGAGCUCUCCGCCAAUCUCACCAAGAAGUGUACAAUAGCUGGUGGAAUUCAUGGAGAGCAAAAGAAGCAAAAGAUUUCUGAAAUAAAGGCUGGAAUAGAUGAAGCAGAAUCUUUGAUCCGGAAAAUGGACCUUGACGCAAGAAGUUUGCAGCCAAAUGUUAAGGCUGUGCUUCUUGCUAAGUUGAGGGAAUAUAAAUCAGAUCUGAAUAAUCUGAAAAGCGAAGUUAAAAGACUUGUAUCUGGCAACUUAAAUGCAUCUGCCCGGGAUGAGUUGUUGGAAUCAGGCAUGGCUGAUGCUUUGACGGCAUCAGCAGAUCAAAGAUCAAGGUUGAUGGCGACGACAGAGAGAUUAGACAAGACCAGUGAUAGAGUUAAGAACAGUAGAAGAACCAUGCUGGAAACAGAAGAGCUUGGUGUUUCAAUCCUUCAAGAUUUGCAUUCACAGCGACAGUCUCUCUUACAUGCUCAUAGCACGGUUCAUGGAGUGGAUGACAACAUAGGUAAGAGCAAGAAAAUUUUGACUUCCAUGACAAGGAGGAUGAGCAGGAACAAGUGGAUAAUUGGCUCAAUUAUUGCAGUUCUUGUCAUUGCUAUUGCCUUGAUCUUGUACCUCAAACUUAAAUAGACAACAGAUCUUCUCUUGUUCAGCUUGCCGGUGUUCUCAAAUUGACAGAUUUCUUCAUUUUCUUGUUUCUCCCUACUUUUCGAGUGUGCAAAUUGAGUUCUUGUAAUGGAGAUCCUUGAGUGUAUUAAUAUCGAUUUGUUCUUUUGUUGGACGUAUUCCACUAUUUUA